AUGUCCGCAUCAAACUUGAGUAUUACCAUCCUCAUGAUGAUGAUGAGCACCUUGUUGCUCCUCUCAUUCACCAACGCAUUCCAAGUGAAUACAUCUCUGUACAACAAACUCAUUUCUUCCACUUGCAAACGUAAAAUCGAAGUGAAUCGAAGUGAUAGCGGUAAACUCAUUCGAUUCGUAACCAAAGCUGGUUGCAUUGAUCGUAGAAACAACACUGCCAUCGGAGCCGUGAGUGAAAUUGAAUUCUUUGCUUCCAUCGCAAAAUUCCCAAUGGUAGGAAUGAAAGGAAAAACCAUUGUCAAAGUGAACUUGCCUGGUUCCAACAACGACAAGGAAUUUGCCAUUCACGUGGGAAGCUCCUUUGGUUUGGAUGAAAUUUUGGAAUAUCGUGAAAAGAAUGGAGUCGAAGGUUUUCAACCUGGAAAUGAUACUGUGUUGAGAUCGUUUCGAUUGGGUCAAUAUGCUUGGACAGUCGAUUCAUUGACUAGAACACCAUUGAAUGAUGCUAAUACUUCAUAUGUGUAUCAAGCAGUGGUUUCAACAACCAUUCCAAACUUUUGUACUCUGAAAUUGGGUGCUAUGGUCACGUCAGAUGUCAUUACUUUCACUUCACCCAAGUUGGUCAAUAGAACUGGUGUUGUGCAAGUGUUAAAUCCAAGUUCUUUCAAACUCACUUUGGAAGUUAAUGAUAUUAACUAUGAAGCUAGUGAUUCAUUGAUUGCUUUGGGUUCCGUCAUUGCAUUCAGAGGUACUCGAAGAGACAAACCAAAAUCAUCCACCCCUACUCAACGAUCCAUCUUUGGUGGUGAAGAAGCUGAAAAGCCAGACGAUUCCUCCGAUGAUCAACAAGUCUCUCAAUUCGAUGAUGAUGUCUCUUCUCAAUUAGGAGGAAAUUUGGCAAGUCUUCCAAAAACCUUCUUCUCAUUCCAAAAUUUCAUUUCUCGUUGGAAUACAAGUGCUCCAACGGUCAUUACAAGAGGUAAAUUUGUUUCGACCAAGUACAUGCCGUUCCAACCAGCACAAGACGGUGAAAGUACUUUGAGAGAUUUUGUCGAUUCAAAUGCUGCAUUGGCAAGAUUUUACAUGUCCAUUACGGAGAGAGUGAAUAAUUUUGUGUGGGAUCCUUCAGUUGGAUCAAGUGAAGAGUCUUCUAAUUUGAUUAAUAGUGCUGCUAGAAAUAAUGGAAUGAUGAUGGUCAUGAUCAUGGUCUUACUUGCCUUAUUUGCAUUCUUGUUGUAA